AUGUCUUCUGCAGCGAUUGGUAUAGGUGCUAUUAUUUUAAUUGGACUUUGGUUCUCAUCUUUUAUAUUGUGUCUUCUGUCUCUUCGAACACGACAUAGUAUUGGACCAAUUGUUUUGGUAUCUACAAUCCUUAUUACAAUUAUAUUACUUUCAAUACCUCGUAGUUCGGUAGAAACACCUAAACCAGAUAUAAAGAUUGUAGAUCCGCUGUAUGUUUGGCGUUUAGCAACUCUGAGCAUACUUUCUGUAAGUGCAGCAAUAGGAUUAGCUGCAUUGUUCUCUUCGCAUGUUAUGAGUCGUAAAACUGUGCCACAACUUAAAUCUUGGGUACUAUAA